AUGGGCAACACCACCAGCGCAGUCCUGGACAACCUCGUCCAAGGAUCCAACUUCGACAGAGAUGAAGUUGAUCGUCUGCGAAAGCGAUUCAUGAAGCUGGACAAGGACAACUCCGGUACGAUCGAACGCGAUGAAUUCCUCAGUCUUCCCCAGAUCUCCUCCAACCCUCUGGCAACACGAAUGAUCGCCAUUUUCGACGAAGAUGGUGGUGGUGACGUCGAUUUCCAAGAAUUCGUUACAGGUCUCUCAGCUUUCAGCGCCAAGGGAAACAAGGAACAGAAGCUGCAGUUCGCCUUCAAGGUCUACGACAUUGACCGUGACGGCUAUAUCAGCAACGGAGAGCUAUUCAUUGUCCUCAAGAUGAUGGUCGGCAGCAACCUUAAGGAUCAGCAGCUGCAGCAGAUUGUGGACAAAACUAUCAUGGAGGCCGAUCUCGACAAGGACGGCAAGAUUAGCUUCGAGGAGUUCACCAAGAUGGUUGAGUCCACUGACAUCAGUAUGAGCAUGACUGUCGACCAGUUCUAA